AUGGCCAGUGAUCAGAGAUUCCAGCGGACUGUGCAAGCAGUUGCAGAAGCUGUGCAAACAUUUGCCACUGGAACAUUCGACUUUGCCGAGAGCAUCAAACAGAUAUGGGGACCGCAGACCGAGCCGGAUGCAGUGGAGACAUCCAAUCCCCUGCCCAUCGAGGGCAUGCAGGAUGUUCAAGUGGUUGAUCAACUUCGAGAAAGAACUCCUGUUUCUCAGGACGGAGAUCAACUAGCGAUCCACUCCCAUGGUCAUCCGCCGUCCGUGACUAUGGACGAUGGGGAAUCAGAUGUCCUGCAUGAACCAAUCGCGCCGCUAGAGACAGCAAAUAUGCAGCUCUCUAGUGAGAUGGACGCAAUAGCUGGGUCCACCCAGAAAUCCGUCAGAAGCUGCUACGAGUGCUUUGCGCGCUGGCGAGGCGAAAGGCCGUUCCCACCUUGUCAUUCUAUUCCAGGGCAGGAGGCAUGCGAACAUUGUACACGCAUCCAGGUUCCCUGUGAUAUGAUUCCAGCAGGCGAGAUGGGGAAGAUGUUGCAACACGAAAGAGAGUUGGGUCUUUAUCUUACAGCACAAAAUGGCAAUUCCCGGAUAGAUAGACAGCGUUUUGCGGGUGCAUUUUCUGAGGCACCCGAGGUGAAGCUCGAAAUGCCUUUAUCAUCCCCUAUUGCAGACGUCCCACAGCAGCAGGUCGGUUCAAAGCGAGCCUAUUAUGAUACUGAUGAGCAGCAACCUGUGGCCAAACGCCAGCGGACGCGGGAAUUGCGACAAAUGCUAAUGCGGAGGUCGUGUGGAGGGAGAAAGGUUAUGCGACAGGAAAAAUAUAACCACGGAGCGGCGGAAGACGGGGAGUCUUCGGCAUCGUCGGUAUCUGCGUCAUCAUCCGGGGAGGAAGCCGAAGAAGUGGCGCAAAUCAAAGUGGAAGUGAAUAGGCAAGAAAGGUCGCCUCUCAAAACUUCGUAUCAGCUGCCAGUCACGCAUAAAGAAGUGACACACAAAGACGUGAUACAAAAUGAUGGAUCCUCGUCUCUCACGCAGGAGCAGUCCUCGGGAGAGUCAUCAUCAGAGGAACGCGGCAUGGAAGCGGAAACAGCGAUUCGAUCAGUGGAAGAGAGGAGUGAAGCAUCCUUUUCUUCGUCAGAAGACGAAUCCUCAGAAGAAGAGUUAGAUGACGAACCAGAGGAACGAAAACAGCAACCGACAACAAAAGAAGAGCCGCCAAAAGAAGGCAAAGACUGUUCGAAAAAAACGAUUCAGUUGUCAGACGAUGGAUCGUUCAACUUGUCAUCAGAAGAUAGAUCCUCGGACGAAGAGUCAGAUGACGAACCUGAGGAGUACCUAGAUAUCCUGGCACCAGAAGCAUAUACGCAAGAGGAACGCGACGAGAUGAUGAAAAAGACCCAAUUAGAGGAAUAUUAUAAUGAGUCCAAAUCAUCCUCAUCUUCAUCGGAAGACGAAUCCUCAGAAGAAGAGUCAGAGGACGAACCAGAGGAACCAAAGAAGCAACCGACAGCAAAAGUAGAGCCUCAAAACAGACGCGAGGAAAAGCCCGAAGAACCGACUGAAAUAACAAGUGAUCAAUCCUUCUCGUCAUCGGAAGACGUAUCCUCAGAAGAAGACUCGGAGAUGGAGACAUAA